AUGUCGUCCAAGCAAUGCCUUUGGUUGACCGUCAAGGCCACCACUAGUAGGAUAGCAAGGCGGCGGGCACCACUUGUAGGCUCUCUGUUUGGCAGCCAUCAUGUCAGUGUCGGGGGAACAUCAUCUGUUUGGGGUGAAUUUCUUCAUGCUGAACGGAACGGUUGGAGCCAAUACCGUUCGUUGUCCUCUUCAUCCUCCCAAGCCAACUUUAGCAGUGCGGAGGAGGAGCUGACGGAUGCUUCUGCUGUUUCUACGGGCAACAAAUUUGCUCCAUCUUUUACUUCCGCCAUGAGGUCCAUGGUCAAACCUUUCUUUAUGAAAGUCCAUCCAGAUACUCAGACCUCACCGACGGCCAAACAGGUCAACUUGGUGGCCAUUCAGAAUCUCAAUGCCUUUUUGGAUUCCGUCCAAGCCAAAUUGAAACCCGGGGCUAGGCUACAACGAAAUGAAACAACCAUCUUUCAUGUGGAUUUCUGUGUCAUGAUGGAAGAACGGGUGCGAGGCAAAAAGGAAGAAAUUCUGUGCCGGCGAACCGUCGAGUUAUCACUACCAAGGAAACAAGUCUUGGAAGCCAUUGUGAUGGCACCUACUACUACUACUACUAGAAACAACAACAAAGAUAAGGCUCGCCAUGCAUUUCAAGGACACGUGGAAAGUCAACUGAUCAAAUUGCUUCAUGUCGCUGGACUGACGGCUCCCAAUUCCAAACCAUAUCAAGAACAGACUACGCUGGAAGAGGAUAUUCAACAUGCAUGGAGCAAAGCUGUUCAAGAGGGUGAAGAUCCCAGUAGUCAUAUUUCCCAUGCCAAAAUACGAUUUGCAAGGCAACAAAAGUACGAACGCAAUCGAGAUGAAUUUGUUUCCAAAAUUGAUUGGAACCGGUACGAGGAAAUAUACAAGGAAACUGUGAGAGAUGUACAUGCCGAUAUGGCCACGGACGGAUUGAUUCGAGACGAUCCACAACGACGCAUGGCACAUAUUGCAGAGAUUCUUUCCAAGGUUCGUGUGGCAGAAGAAGAAGAAAAAGAGCAACAACCAACAAAUGAUGAUGAUAAAGUGGAGGGUGUGGAUCCCAUCAUGCAGCUUGUGGCCAUUCGGAGAUUGUCAUUGUUGCUGGAUGAACACUUUGAUGACCUGCAAUUGGAAAAUCUUGGCAGAAUGUGGGAAUCUACAGUCAUUACGUUGAUGCCGGCAAGAAGUUUCAACACUGCUGCCACUGCACUCUACAAACGACGGAAACGUCAAACCAAAGGAGAUGUAAUGGCCAAUGAUGGAUUCGCCAUUGCCCUGCACCAUGACAACAGUGUCACAAUUCACAUACCAGUUGAUUUUAGGGACGAAGAGCUCUUGUCACACUUGAGACGUCAUGUCAAGGAUUAUGCAAGCUUGAUGUCCUUAGGAUUGGAUGACUUCUUUCCUCGAUCUGCUUCCAAUGCCAAUGAAUUUCUGUAA